UGGGGCCGCGGCGGCAGAGAUGCAUCACUGUAAGCGAUACCGCUCCCCUGAGCCAGACCCAUACCUGAGCUACCGAUGGAAGAGAAGGAGGUCUUACAGUCGGGAGCACGAAGGGAGACUGCGAUACCCAUCUCGAAGGGAGCCUCCGCCCCGGAGAUCUCGGUCAAGAAGCCAUGACCGUCUGCCCUACCAGAGACGAUACCGGGAACGCCGAGACAGUGACACAUACCGCUGUGAAGAGCGGAGCCCAUCCUUUGGAGAGGACUGCUAUGGAUCUUCACGUUCCCAUCAUCGUCGGCGGUCACGGGACAGGGAGCCAUACCGGACCCGCAAACAUGCCCACCACUGCCACAAACGCCGCACCAGGUCUUGUAGCAGCGCCUCCUCGAGAAGCCAACAGAGCAGUAAGCGCAGCAGCCGAAGUGUGGAAGAUGACAAGGAGGGCCACCUGGUGUGCCGGAUCGGCGAUUGGCUCCAAGAGCGAUAUGAGAUCGUGGGGAACCUGGGCGAAGGCACCUUUGGCAAGGUGGUGGAGUGCUUGGACCAUGCCAGAGGGAAGUCUCAGGUUGCCCUGAAGAUUAUCCGCAACGUGGGCAAGUACCGGGAGGCUGCUCGACUAGAAAUCAAUGUUCUUAAAAAAAUCAAGGAGAAGGACAAAGAGAACAAGUUCUUGUGCGUCUUGAUGUCUGACUGGUUCAACUUCCAUGGUCACAUGUGCAUCGCCUUUGAGCUCCUGGGCAAGAACACCUUUGAGUUCCUGAAAGAGAAUAACUUCCAGCCUUACCCCCUACCACAUGUCCGGCACAUGGCCUACCAGCUCUGCCACGCCCUUAGAUUUCUACAUGAGAACCAACUGACCCACACAGACUUAAAGCCAGAGAACAUCCUGUUCGUGAAUUCUGAGUUUGAAACCCUCUACAACGAGCACAAGAGCUGUGAGGAGAAGUCAGUGAAGAACACCAGCAUCCGAGUGGCUGACUUUGGCAGUGCUACCUUUGACCAUGAGCACCACACGACCAUCGUGGCCACCCGUCAUUACCGCCCACCUGAGGUGAUCCUUGAGUUGGGCUGGGCACAGCCUUGUGAUGUCUGGAGCAUUGGCUGCAUUCUGUUUGAGUACUACCGGGGCUUCACACUCUUCCAGACCCAUGAAAACCGAGAGCAUUUGGUGAUGAUGGAGAAAAUCCUAGGGCCCAUCCCAUCUCACAUGAUCCACCGCACUAGGAAGCAGAAAUAUUUCUACAAAGGGGGCCUGGUUUGGGAUGAGAACAGCUCUGAUGGCCGAUAUGUGAAGGAGAACUGCAAACCUCUGAAGAGUUACAUGCUCCAAGACUCGGAGCACGUGCAGCUGUUUGACCUGAUGAGGAGGAUGUUAGAGUUUGACCCUGCCCAGCGCAUCACACUGGCGGAGGCCCUGCUGCACCCCUUCUUUGCCGGCCACCCCGAGGAGCGGUCCUUCCACACCAGCCGCAACCCCCGCAGAUGACAGGCACAGGCCACUGCACGAGGAGGAGGAGAUGGAGAGUGGGACUGGGCUGUCUGGCCCCCUUUCUCCAACCUCUAACCAUCAGGCCCCAGGGCCAGAGCCACCCAAUGAACAGUGCAAUGUGAAGGAAGGCAGGUGCCUGCAGGGGCAGAGAUGCGAUGCCCAGCUGCCAGAAAGCACAGAUUUGACCCAAGCUAUUAUAUGUUGUAAAGUUAUAAUAAAGUGUUUCUUACUGUUUGUAAUCCCUGGUA